AUGAAGCUUUAUAACAAACCAUCUGCCGCUUCAUCUAUCUAUCUAUCUAUCUAUCUAACCCAAUCUGUACAUAUCUAUCUAACCCAGAAUCUAUCUAUCUAUCUAUCUAUCUAUCUAUCUAUCUAUCUAUCUAUCUAUCUAUCCCAAUCUGUACAUAUCUAUCUAACCCAGACUCUAUCUAUCUAUCUAUCUAUCUAUCUAUCUAUCUAUCUAUCUAUCUAUCGUGACUGGUUACUCUCUCACGUCACUUUCUCGCUUCUGUCUGGCUUUUUUCCCGCCGUUCCGAGCCCAUCUUCGAUCCGUGACCCCUGCCCUCUUACAAUCCUUUUCUAUUCUUUGUUUGUUUGUCUGCUUCUUUCUUUCUUUCUUUCUUUCUUUCUUUCUUUCUUUCUUUCUUUCGUCUGUCCGGACUCAUUUUGUAUGUUCCCCCUCCGCGGACAUCAACAGACAUUUGUAACCGAUUUUCUUUUUAGCUGUGACAUACUUUUACGAAUUCUUCCACAUCCAGUCAUGAUCCGUUUGCUUCUCUUUCUUUUUGAACUCCGUUUGUCAUGA